ACCCAGAAUCCUCUGCGACAAAGAGCCGCUUCAGUUGACGACGUGGCCGAGCUACGUCUCCGUGUUUCAGCAGACCGGGCCGAUUCAAACAGGGCUCACCGGCUUUGUUCAUAGCUAGCUGGUUCACAAAGUCCUCGAUUCCAAACAAGCCUCUCCGGGAGUUUGAUUCCACCACAGUCUCGCAAUGUCCGGGAAAAUCAAGAGCCGAAGUGCUGCAAACGCAGACUCGAUAACCGGCGCCGUGUCCUGCGAUGAGCGCAUCCUGAGGGAUUGUCAUCAACUGUACACGGAUCCCGACAGUGGGUUAAUAUCAGUAGCGGAAUCUGUCGAUGUGAAGUUGCUGCCGCCCAGAAAAAAGAUCACCGUCAUGCUGAUGGGCAACCACUCUGCUGGGAAAAGCUCCUUCAUCAACUGGUAUGUUGAGGAGCACAUCCAGCGCACUGGAGUGGCUAUUGAGACCCAAGGCUUCAACUUUGUUACCAGUGGGCGCAAGAGGGAAUCUCUCACAGGAAAUGCCACCCUUCAUCUAUAUCCACACUUCAGGCCUCUGCAAGAGUUCAAAGGUGUUUCCGAGUACUUGAGCACAGAGAUCUGCACUUCACGACAGAAGCGGUUCAGCCUGGUGACGUUUGUGGACUCGCCGGGGUUGGUGGACGGGGACAUGAAGUAUCCCUUCGACGUGGACGAGGUCAUCAUGUGGCUGGGUGAUCUCUGCGACCUGGUUCUGGUCUUCUUCGACCCCAUGGGUCAGGCUCUGUGCAAGCGCACCCUCAACAUCGUGGAGCGUAUGAACGAGAAACAAGGGGAUCGGCUGCGCUUUUACCUGAGCAAGGCGGACGAGGCCGGGGGAGAGUCGGACAGACAGAGAGUGAUGAUGCAGAUUGUCCAGGAGCUCUGCAAGCGACCGGGACUCAACAAGUGUGGUUUUGACAUGCCCACCAUCUACAUUCCUAAUCCCAAUAAGCCGAGUCGCUGUGUAAACCAGAUCGAGGAGGUUUGUCGUGCCAUCGAGAAAACCAUCAACCAAACGGUGCAGAACACGCUGAACUCCCUGGAGAAGGACUGUGAGGUCAUCAGCGAGGCCAUCACCGACAAGCUCAGCAACGACCGGCACACCAGCGCCAUGAACCGGCGGGCGCGCUGUAAGAGCUGCCUGCUGACCCUGCUGGGCUUCACCGUGCCUCUGGCCCUGAUGGCCUUACUGGUGCUGGGCGUUCUGUCCCGUGAGCUGCUGGAGGUGGCCCUGGGCCCCGAGGGCACCGCGGCGCUCUCCCUCUACCUGACUCCGGCGGUGAAGGCGUUCGACUCGCUCUCUGCGGAGCAUCAGCUUUACGGAUGUGGUGGGCUGGUCCUGCUCUCCUUCCUCCUGCUCAUCAUCGCGCGCUUCUCCUUCAGGACUCAACCGACUCUUUCAGGCAAACAAAAAAGGCAACUGCACGAGAAGCUGGAGUACGUUCAGGAGGUGGUCAAGACCAAGAAGAAAAAGCUGUAUGAAGAUUACCUUCGCCAGAGUGUCAGCGAUCACGACAUGGGCUUGUAAUGACGGCCUGCCCCCCCCCUCACUGCCGCCGGACCCAAUGAUGUAAAGGCGUCGCCAUGGUUUCCCAGCAGCCGCCUCGUCGGUGACCACUCACUCGCUGCCGUGUCUGGUUGUGCGGAUGUAAAUUUCAAGACGCGUCCCUCCGGAUACUGUAGAGGCCCAUUUACUUUUUAGAUCACGAUACUUCUGUAAUCUCUCACUAAAAACACACUACCGAUUAUUAGUUUGAGAAAUGAGCUUUUGUUACUGAUUAUUUUUUGUGAUAUAUUUUAUAUAUAGAUAUAUCAUUUCUACAUGUUUUCUGUGCCUCUGCUCCAGUCAAAAGAAGUCCGGUCAAUACCACUAAGAUAUUGAAACAUUUCCAAAGUGUUAAUGAUGUUUAAAUGAGUCGCUUUGUAUGACUGAGACUUUCACCAGCAUUUGUUACAGAACCUUUUACUGCCUGGUUUGAUGAGGUUGUGUGUGUGUAUUGAUCCAGUUUAUGAACGUCUACGUUCGCUAAUAUGUAGAAUGAUCUACUAAAUAACUCCUGUAGAUUAAGUUAAUAUCCAGCAACCAUUUUUCCAGUGACAGCUUUUUCUAUUUCCUCUUUUAAUUACAGAAUACUUAAAUAAAGUGUAAAGUAUACCGUC